GUGCGUUCGGCGUGUGCGGUUGCGAAUUCGAGUGGUCUCGGCUAGCCAAAGCAGUAAAGUGGCUUUAGUGAACAGUAACUACAAGUUGUUAAUUUCAUUCAUUAAAACAAACACUUGAAUUUUCACUUGCAAAACAAUAGAGAAAAAGAAACGCUAAAGAAUCGCAAAUAUUCCAAAAACGCAGCCGUCUGCCGCCCACCUGAAUGUCAUUUGCCUAAUAUUUAUCGCUGUCGCAUUCUGGUUGCAUGUGAGUCGCAGCAUGUGACAAGGUGAAUAACAGCAACACGCAAACAAACGCACAAAUAAGGCGCUUGCGAGUAGUGAGAACGUAAAGUAAUAAAAGCAACAACAACAAAAAAUAUGUGAGUAACAGCAAAUAACUGCCAAAGGCGUGAAAAUACACAAAUAAAUGCAAAAAGAAAUCAAAACAAAGAAAUUGUAAUAAAUAAAUAAAAUUACAAAUUACUAAUUGAAAAAAAUAAAAAUAAAAACAAAAACCAAGUGAAAAAGUCAGCGACAAGUCCAAAAUCGCAAAAAACGUGUGCCCAUAAUUUCGGUAGUUUAUUGUGUGUGCGGGAUUCUUUGGCGACCCCGUUUCAUUGUUGUACCAAUUACUGUUGUAAUUGUUGCUGUGCUGGCACAAUUUUACGCUCCGCUUGUUGUUCGUGUUGUUGUGCGGUAUUUACGCGUGAAUUUUCGAAAGUGGUUGACCUCAGCAAGUGGCAAGGGGGCGUGCUGACUGCAGCGGUGACAACAACAGCAGUACAAUAACAAACCAGCAACAACAACAAACAAGCAGCAUCGCACCAGUGCAACGGCAAGUCAACAACAGCCAAGAUAGCUCAAAAGCGAGCAGCAAAAGCACACGCAAAUCAACAGCGUAAAGUUUCCCAUCAACCGAAGCGUUGCCCAUACAACUUUGUCACAAAUGACAUUUGUUCAAUCAAAUGACAAACAUCGGAGAACUUAAAUACUUUUCCAUAGAACAUCUGUAAAGAAGUAGAAAUAAAUAGAAGCAGUAAAAGGACAAGUUGGUCGUAAACCCUCUGCACGGCAUCGAUUACAUUCGAACAAUACUAACUGCUCUAACUGUCACUACACAGCGGUGUUGUUGUCUGUUCGUCGCUGGCGGAAUUCGCCAGCAUAGUUUUGUCGUCAUGUUUGCGAAAUGUGUUGCACACACGACUGUCAUUAAAUGACAAAUGUUUGGCAGCAUCAAUCAGUGGCGUAUCGAAAAGCAACAACAACAGGAGCCGCACAGUCCACAGCCAACACUACAAAAAGCAUAUAAAAACGUGAAGAGAAAGAGAGGGAGUCAAACUCAGGCGAGGAGAACGCGUUGUGUGCGCUGCGGUCGGAUAGAGCGCUUCAAGUGUAUUGGGGACGGCAUGGCCAUUAGCCGGGGACGCGGCAAACGCACGCACUCUUGGUUUCUACUCAAAGAUUCGGUGAUAUUCGCGUUAGUGUUGUGCGUGUUACAGUUGCUACAGGCAUAUGCGCUAAGUAAACUAGUGAUAAGCGCGGAGCUGAUGCAAGCUGUCGAAGGUGGUGGCACAAAUAAGCGACAAGCUGAUAAUAACGCCACCGUGAACCGAAAAGCACUGGGCGCCGUGGAACCCGCAAUGACGGAGUUUGUGGAGACAUUACUGCUUGGUCAACAAACGGCAAGGGAAACCAAAGAAGCGGCUGAGAAGUAUGCGAGUACCGGCAACAGUAUUAGUAUGAGCCACAAGAGUAGUAGGAUUAGCAAUAGUGAUAGGAUUAGUAAGGAUAGUUUAAGCAAUGGCAGUAAUAACAACACAACCACCACAUCAGAUAAGUCAGCGCUGAUUGACGCGCAUAAAUCAAACGAUAAGCGAGUUGGCAAGCCGCAAGCCAUAAAUGAAAGCGAUAUACAAGCGCUGAGCAACAACGCAAAUAUACACAACAACACGCAGCGUAUGCUUGCGGUGGGUGCUGCGGCCACAGCCGCCGGCGUCAGCAAGACUCACCAAGCAACGCCAACGACCGUGAGUGCUCCCGAUGCCACCGCGAAUGGUACUGACGGCAAGCAAAUACAGCGUGCGGUCAUCAACAUGCCCGAGCAGAUACGUGAGAACAUCGUACUGUCAUCUGUCGAUCCGGAAAAGGAGGCGCAAUUGUUGUACGAACAAACAUUGCUGGAGUAUCAUGGCAGCAUGCAGGCAGCCGCGGCGGCAAGCAGUUCACCAUCAGCGGUCACAGCUGAUAAACCAACGCCGGAGGAGAGUGGGCGUACGUCACUGCUGGAGGGCGCCAGCGCAGAGCGGCAACCCCGUACUCUGCACAGCGUUUGCGAAGUGUGGACGCAGAAGCAUUGUCACUGCACCGGCACACUGGAGCGGCUGUCGCUGAGUUGCCGCGGUAUCGGCGUUGUUGCGGUGCCGGUGGAGCUGCCAGACACCGUUGUGACCUUAGAUUUGGGCAACAACAACAUAACUAUAUUUGAGGCUAACACAUUUUUUAUGGUACCUAACCUCGAAGAAUUAACUUUAUCCGACAAUAGCAUCAUUAAUAUUGAUCCGAAUGCAUUUUAUGGACUUGGUAAAUUGAAACGUUUGAAUUUACAAAAUUGUGGCCUUAAAUCGUUGCCGGCGCACACAUUUCAAGGAUUGAAGAAUUUAAUUUCACUCCAGCUGAACGGCAACGCCUUAGCCAGCAUGGACACGGACAGCCUGCAGCAUCUGCCCAAGCUACGCACGCUCCGGCUCGAGGGCAAUCUGUUCUAUCGGAUACCGACAAACGCUUUGGCUGGAUUAAAGACACUCGAAGCACUAAAUCUUGGCAGCAACCUUCUGACAAUAAUUAACGAUGACGACUUCCCACAUAUGCCAAAUUUAGUGGUGCUCCUUUUGAAGCGCAAUCAAAUAAUGAAGAUCUCCUCGAGUGCAUUUACGAAUCUGACGGCGUUGAAAGUGUUAGAACUGGAUGACAAUUUGAUCAACAGCCUGCCAGAGGGAUUGAAUAAACUGACGCAUUUGCAAGAACUAUCAGUUACCAGCAAUCGUUUGCGCUGGAUAAAUGAAACGGAUUUACCGAGAAAUUUACAAACGAUUGAUUUUCGUGCGAAUCCGCUUUCCAUAAUCAUGCCGAAAGCGCUGCGCGGCAUGACGAGAUUGCGAAAAUUAAUUCUAUCCGAUGUGCGUUCACUCAAGGUUUUCCCCGAUCUCGACGGCUGCUUCUCGUUGGAGGUUAUAAAACUAGAUCGCGCCGGUAUCAAAGAAGUGCCCGCCAAUUUGUGUCGUCAAACGCCAAGACUGAAAAGCUUAGAGCUAAAAACGAAUUCCUUAGUGCGCAUUCCCACUUUAGCCAAUUGCAGAGAAUUAAGACUGUUAGAUCUUUCGAGUAAUUACAUUGAAUCUCUUAGUGGGCGACCAUUUGCCGGCCUUAAACAACUCCACGAUUUGGUGCUCUCUUAUAAUCGCAUAAAAGCGAUACCUUACGAUGCCUUCUUCGGCAUACCACGUUUACAGUUGUUAGACUUAGAAGGUAAUGAGAUCACCGCCAUACACAAAGAAGCCUUUAUGUCUUUCGCCAAGUUGGAGGACCUAAAUUUGGGCAAUAAUAUUUUUCCCGAACUGCCAUCGGCUGGUCUAAGCAAACUGCUGCAUUUAAAGACUUUCAACAAUCCGAAGUUGCGUGAGUUCCCCACGCCAGACACGUUUCCACGCAUACAAACGCUUAUACUUUCGUACGCCUACCAUUGCUGCCCUUUCAUACCGUUAGUGGCGAUGUCGGCGGCCAAGAAGCCGCCACUUGUACAAGAAGCUGUGCUCUUUCCAUCCGAUUCGGAGUUCGAUAUGAGCUUGUGGAACAAUAGCAUGAUGGAUAUAUGGCCGCAGCUCCAGAAUCUCAGCAAAAAGUUUGGAAAUCAAAUGCACGACAUUUGGGAUAAUUUCGGACAGGACUUUAAUUAUCCCGGAAAUGUUCCAACUUAUGUCGAGGAAUACUUCGAGGAAGACGGCACAGGCACGACGACGAGUUCAAUGAGCAUGUCCAGCAGUUUUGCCGGUUUCAGUAAUGGUCUCUUCGGCACAAUGGAUAUUGACAUAGCACCAGGCUCCAUACAAUGUCUACCAAUGCCCGGUCCGUUUUUGCCAUGCUCAGAUCUCUUCGAUUGGUGGACUUUACGUUGUGGAAUUUGGGUUGUUUAUCUGCUGGCAUUACUGGGUAACGGUACUGUUAUUAUAGUGCUGUUGUUCUCACGUUCGAAGAUGGAUGUGCCGCGCUUUCUGGUGUGCAAUUUGGCUGCCGCAGAUUUCUUAAUGGGCAUUUACCUCGGCACUUUGGCCAUUGUAGACGCUGGCACAUUGGGUGAGUUUCGCAAGUUUGCCAUUCCCUGGCAGAUGUCGCGCACGUGCCAGUUUUCUGGUUUCAUGGCAGUGCUGUCGUCAGAGUUGUCGGUUUACACGCUUGCGGUGAUUACUCUAGAACGUAAUUAUGCGAUAACCCACGCGAUACAUCUCAAUAAGCGUCUAUCGCUGCAUCAAGCCUCAUAUAUCAUGGCUGCGGGUUGGACCUUUGCGCUAAUCAUGGCUACAUUGCCGCUGUUGGGCGUCUCCGACUAUCGAAAGUUUGCCGUGUGUCUGCCGUUCGAGACCACAACCGGCGUGGCUAGUUUGACAUAUGUCAUUGCGUUGAUGUUCAUUAACGGUUGCGCCUUCCUGACGCUUAUGGGCUGCUAUUUGAAGAUGUACUGGGCCAUACGGGGCUCACAGGCCUGGAAUAGCAAUGACUCACGCAUAGCAAAGCGAAUGGCGCUACUUGUCUUUACCGAUUUUCUUUGUUGGUCGCCCAUAGCUUUCUUUUCCAUCACUGCCAUAUUUGGUCUGCAACUAAUCACAUUGGAGCAGGCCAAGAUCUUCACAGUAUUCGUGUUGCCAUUAAAUUCAUGCUGCAAUCCUUUUCUCUAUGCCAUCAUGACGAAGCAAUUCAAGAAAGAUUGCAUAACGCUGUGCAAACACUUCGAGGAGACGCGUGUUACGCGCGGUGCAGUUGCCGCCAACACAGCACUAGCCGGUGGUCUGAGCCGGCGAGGUGGUGUGCGCAUGCCGAAAGAACUGCCGCCCUUGCUGCCCGCCGCACAUCCGCCCGGUUGCCGUUGCUUGCGCAUGAUGCCCAAUGAAAUGCCGAAUUGGCAUAAAUUACAGGAGCGCGAUCAACGGCGUGACUCGUGGAUUUGCUUAACGUGGCAUCGCUUAGCAAUCUGUUGUCAUUGCACCGAUCCAGACGACGACGACGACGAUGACGUAUUGACACCAGAGCGGCGCCGCCUCGACGGACGCCGAACACGUAAAGCGAACAAAUCGAAUCAUCGUCAUGCGCGUACACGUUCGCACAAUGCCAAUACCGAACCGUACCUUUAUCAGUUCGCUGAACUAAAGCAGAAACAGAAGCAGACACGCGCCAGCUCGAUAUCUAGUGAGAACUUCUGUUCGUCACGUUCAUCUAGUUGGCGCAAUGGCCCACCAUCGGCGGGCGCGCUGCCGCACACUUGCAAUAUACCACUCAAGAUGAUGGAUCCGAAUCGGCGAAGGCAUUCGGCAUGGCUGAUAACACGAAAAACAUCGCAAGACUCGAAUUUGUCGAGCUCACGCAAUGACAGCUCCGCUUCGGCCACAACGGCGAGUACGUCCACGUUCCGUUUGUCGCGUUCAAGUGCGGGCAGCACGACGCCGCUGCCAUCAAUCAUGGCGCACAGCAGCAAAUCACAGCAACAGCAACUGCAGCAACACGCGUCAAUGCCCGCCAAGCCACGCCUUGUGCGCCAAGAGGCAGUACAAGAGGAGGAAGACUCAUCGCCACCGCGUCUGGGUGUGCGCUUUCUGCCCACCAUACCAUCAGCGGCCGAUAGUUCCAUUGUCAUGGAAGAUGGCGAUUCAGCCAUGAAUGUCGCCAGCGUCAUGGGCAUGCCACUGCCGGGCGCAGCAAGCGGCUUCUACACUGUGCUGCAGGCGCAGAGCGGCGGCGCCGCAAAAACACUGCUCACCAGCGCGACGAGUCCACCCAAGGAGGCACAACCGCCAUGACACUGCUUCGUGUGCGGCAGCGGCGAUCAACACAAAUCGGUACCACCAAUAACUGAUAACAAUGUUAAACGUUGUUGUUGUAUUAGUGAGGCAUUUCUUUGACGCUUUUAUUGCGCCGUAGCUUUCAGUAGUCUGCUGCGUGUCGUAGCUGUAUGUGCAUAACGCCGUUAUUCUUUCUAUGCGUUUGUUUCCAGUUUAAAGUGUUAAGAAUUUGUAUAUUGCCUGCGCCGACCAUGUAAUGCAUAUAAAGUAGUUACGAUUAUUUAUAAAUUAUGGUUUAAGUACAACAAUUACAAAAACAUGUAGGUAGUCAAUUUGUACAGUAGCCGUUAGAAAUGCGUGUUUGUAUGUUUGUACGUAUAUAGUUAGCCCUAAGCUGCUCAAAUGAUGAAUCAGAUUUAUCGUUUGAAUUACACAAGUCGUUUGAAUGUAUAUAUGUAUGUAAUGCUGAGUGCUAAGCGCGACUUAACUGACUCAGCUGCGCUACGUGCUUAGCUUUUUUCUUGGCAUGUUAUCAUGAAAUUUUCCCGUGAGACUCCCCUUCCUCUCCUUUGUGUACUCAUAUUUAUAGUUAAAGUGUACCUCCACAGUUUAGUUGUCGUCCGAUAUAAUUGCAAUUUUGUCUUUACAUUGUACAAAGUUUAAUUUAUUUAUUUUUUUUUUUUUUAAUAUGCAAAAGAAAAAACAAUUAUUUUCAACUCUUCCUAGAUUUAUAGUUUUGUAUGCCACAGUAUCACAUUUAGUCACGUCAAUGAGUGCGAGAAAAUCGAAAGCUUAUGAAAUUUUUUGCUUUGAUGAAAUUAUUUGUUAUUCCAUAACAUCGGUAUAUAUGUAUGUACAUACAUUCAUAUCGUCACUUAAAAUGCAAAAUGAUGUAACAUCACUUUUAUACCAGUUUGUUCAAUAAGUUUUGUCAUUUGUUAAGAAAAACGCAAUUUUAUGAUUCAAAAUACACUUUAUUAUUCGGUAUAAUCUCCCUGAACAUUAAUACAUUUGCUCCAACGCUCCUCCAAUCUGUGGAUCCCAUUCCCGAAGUGAGAAUCCCUAAGGUCUGCAAAAUAUGCUUCAACCUUCCUUAUGACCUCUUCAUUUGAUGAAAAACGCUUGCCACGCAUACAUUUUUUGAGAUCUGGAAGUCGCUUGGGCCCAAAUCUGGUGAAUACGGUGUAUGCUUCAAUAAUUUGAGCUUUAAUUCAUGGAUUUUAGCCAUUGUUAUAAUGCUCUUGUGACACGACGCAUUAUCCUGAUGAAAAAGAUUUUUUCCUUCUGCAAACUGAUCUUUUUCACAAUUUUUUUCUUCAGCUGGUCCAAAAGGUUGCAAUAAUAUUAAGAACUAAUUGUUUUACCAGUUUGCAAGUAAUCCACAAACAAAAUUCCUCUCGCAUCCCAAAAGACUGAUACCAUAACCUUCUUAGCCGAUUUCCGGACACGAAAUCGUUUCGAAGCCGAACAACCAGGUUCACACCACUCUUUAUCCUCUUGUUCUAAUUUAGAAUAAUGGUGAUAGACCCAAGUCUCAUCCAGAGGGAUGGAUCGAUACACAAAAUCCCCUUUUUGUUUUUGUUCCAUUGUUAGCGAAUGCGGCAACCAUUUUACACAGAGCUUUCUAAAACCCAAAAUUUCACUUAAAUAUGACUUAUACUCGCUAAUGAGAUGUGUAGAGCCUCCACUAAAUCUCUCUCAGUCAGUCGACGAUCUUUCAAAACCGUAUCCUCUAUUUUGGUCUAUGAUUUCUGAUGUUGAUGCGCUUUUUGGACGUGCUUCACGAGGAUCGCCUUCAAGGCUUGUACAACCACGUUUGAGUUCAGCAACCCAUCUUUAUACUAUUCUAAUUGUAGGUGAACAAUCAUUAUAGACUUUUAACAUUCCUUCGUGAAAUUCUUUUGGUCCUUCCUAAAAUAAGGAUUUUAUCGCUGCAAAAUAUUCAAUUUUUUCCAUUGUAAAAAAUACUGUGACACGGCAACACUAAAUGGCUUGUAAACAAAGAAUGAAUUGACAGAUUGAAAAGAAACUUCACAACUUCACGUUCAUAUGAAGAGUGUGCCCACAAAACAAAAAAAAAUUUGGGAUAGUAGCAAAGCCCUCUCUUAUCGAAAGGCAAAACUUAUGGAACAAAUUGCAGUAAUAUUGGGUAGUCGAAAAAGUCUUUUCGCAUUUUGUCAAUAGAUUUCGUAUAUACUACCAACUAUAGAAGCCACUUACAUAUUUAAGUAUAUUGAAACAAAAUUUUGGUUUUGGUUAUAAAAUGGUUAUAUAUUGGAUAUAUUGGUCAGCGGAGGCUUGAAAUUUGUUCGAUAUAACAUGAUGAAGUGAAUCGAAAGCAAUAAAAAACUCGACAUUCUUGAACGUUAUUUUGCAUGUCAGGUGACGACAUACAUAUAUAUUAUCGUUUGUAGUGUGCUUGUAAUAAUGUAAAAUAGCUGUAAGUCUAAAGUGAUAGUAUUUCUAAGAAAUACUUAGUCAUAAGCAAGUCUAAGUAUAAGAAAACGUGAAUUACAUGAAAUAAAUAUAUAAACAAAUACAUACUUAUGUAUACAUGUAAAAAAAAAAAACAUUGAAAAAACAUUGAGUUUACUUAUCGCAUAUUCUUGAAUGAAAUUAAUUUCAGUGCUUUUCAUAAUGCCCGCACGUCUCCAAGUUCAAGUGCGGUUAUUUUUAUCACAGCCCAAAUUUUUGGAGGCGCUUUCGCGCUAAUUCAAACUUGGCGUCUUGCGGAAGUGAUAAGACGAAACACGAACAUGAGCAGUCGCAGACUUUAUCAAAUAUAUACAGUUGCAGUCAAAUUCGUAGUAGAACUAGGCGUUCUUUUAAUGUAUGGGGUAGUCGUUCGUUUUCUAAUCAAACUUCAACUUAAUAUACUAAUAAAUAAAUAAACAAAUAUGUACAUUUUGCCAUUUUUCCAUUAGAGACAUUAUUUCAUGAGUGUAAAUCGAAAUUU